AUGACUAUAGUAAACAUAGCCCUUUUGCUCUAUUUGGUACUAUUGCAAGAUGGAAACUAUGUGGAUUCCAUGGAAAAGAAUAGUAAACAGGAGUCAUGUAAAAGAAAAGUUAAGCAAUGCCAAGAUGAAAUACCAGGAUUGGCAGAUGUUGACAUAAAAAAUAAAGAAUCAACCGAAGGAUACAGCUUUUACCGAGACGGCAGAGUAGGAAUCUACUAUGUAAGACUAGGCCAGUCGAUUAGAAGCGUAAGUCAAAAUGAAACUAAGAUAUGGCGCGGAAGCAAUGAGUCAGGAAAUGCAAAGAAAGUACUGGUGGAAGGAAUAGGUAAAUCGCAAAAAAUGGUAACAGUGUAUCUUUGGACAAAUGAAACGAUUAAAUUCCUAAAACAAGGAAAAAAGAAACCAUGGGUAGAAAUAAAAACAUACCAAGAAAGACUACUAAACGACAAGUUCUUACAAAGUAAGAAUAACGGAGAAACUACUAAAGGAUCAGGAGUGUCCGAAGAAAACAGUACAGAUGAUCACUAUGAUGAAGAUGAAGAUAAUAGAUAUAAAACGUGCAAUGAAAGAGAGGUAAUACCAAAAACUGAAUACCCGCCGGAGAUAACGAUUAUAUUCGAAAAUACCGAUGGAGAAGGCGAUAGCGAUAUGUAUAUAGUAAAACACAGAAGAGGAAGUGAAGUCUAUGACUACUACUUCGCAAGUCACGCCAAAUGCGUGGCAGUUAAGUGCGAAGGAUACAAACUGUGGAGACUGGAAGAAGAUAAAAAUUAUCCAGUAACAAUGUCGUAUAGAAGAGGAGAUAAUAUAUUAACGUUAAGGUAUAAAUAUGGGUUCGACCUGUACGUUAAACGACUUGACAGGUGGAUGUUGCAUCCAUACCUGUCUAGGAUCAAAAGAGAAUUCAGCCCAUAUAUGAAAAAAAGAAACAUCAAAGCCCGUGAAUUAAAUUUGAAAGAGAAAUAUGAGUAA